UUGCCCACUCCUGGUUCCGUGUCAACAAAAGCCCAGCCCCCUUUUGUUCCUUCAUGAGGAUUUCUCCCCCGCCCGUCGUUACUUUUACGUGUAAUCACGAUUACUAAAUCGGAUUACGACACUUAUAUUGUCUUUUAAGACAUUUUCCCAGCUUCCGAAAUGGACGCGGAGUUCAAUGAAGGCUGCGGCGAGAGCAAAUCGGCCAUCUUCUCUUGGCGUUAUCGCCACCAUUUCACGUACAAGGCAGAUCAAGGCAAAAAUAUCAUCGUGCAAUGUAAUCUGUGUCUGCCCAGGGUAAACCUGCUGUCCACGUCCAAGACGUCCACAUCGAACCUAAAGAAGCAUUUAGACAGAACACAUUUGGGAUGUGAGGCCAGGCCUGAUUCAAAGCGAGGGAGGAAGAGAGAGGAGUACAAUGGUGAGGAAAGUAGCCACUGCCAACUCAAAAAGAUAAAAGCAGAGAUUCUAUCCAAGUGCAUGACCCAAGAGAAGAUCGACGACCUCAUCUUCAGAUACAUCGUGGAGGACUGUCAGCCAUUUCAUGUGCUGGAGCAGCCCGGCUUCAAGAAGUUGAUUACAGGCUUGACCGAGGGUCUCCACCCAAUGGACAGGGUGACCUUAUUCUCCAAGGUGGACCUCAGUUUCUCGAAGAUGCGCGUGGAGCUGGCAGCCAAGCUCACCAGUGUCCAGUACGUGUGCACUACGGCUGAUUUGUGGACAGUCAGCAACGGCAGCUUCUUUGGUAUGACAUGCCACUGGAUCGACAGCAACUCGUUGGAGCGUAAGUCGGCGGCACUGGGCUUCGCCAGGAUGCCGGGUCGGCUCACGUAUGACACUGUAGCCGGGAGGAUACACGACAUCCACGUGGCGUACGGCAUUGAAAGCAAAGUUCAGACCACUGUCGCUGACAACGCCAGCCCAUUUGUUAAUGUCUUCAAGGAGUUUGCGCUGGAUGGGACAGAUUGCACCGAUGACAUUGGCGUGUUUGAGAACGUCUGUGCGGUGCUGGAGGGUGAGCCGGAGCAGGACAUGCUUUUAUUUCUACCCACCAUCCAACGGUGCGCCUCACACACCUUAGAACAGAUAGUCACAGAGGAUUUCUGGCAGGCGGUGUCGCAAGGACCCAUGUGCCAGCUUUAUUACAGCACAAUGUCUAAAGUGUACUCCAUUUGGACUAAAUGCCACCACCUUCAGGUCGGCAUGGAAGCCGCAGAGGAGAUAAAGAAGAUGGCCUUGUUCGUCCCGGCCGUCAUACGCUGGAACGUGGAGUACUGUGCCCUGCAGAAGAUCGUCUCGCUCACAGAACGGGAGCUGACGGAGCUCUCAGCCCGCUUGGAUGUCCCACCCCUGCAGCCCGAGGAGAUGGACUUCCUUAAAGAAUAUGUCACAGUGUUCCACCCGCUGGCUUUUGCGCUGGAGCUGUUCCAAGCCGAGCAGAAAUGCUACCUGGGCCUGGUCAUCCCGACCGUCCUCAGUUUGAAGAACAAGCUGAAUGAGCAUAAGGAUUCGGCCAAGUACUUUAGCGACGUCAUCGCUGCCGUGGUGAGCGCCAUUGAAGUGCGCUUCCGGGAGUUGUUCACCAGCGACGAGGCUAAGUUCGCCACAGCGACCACUCCCCAGUUCCGCCUGUGGUGGCUUGCCGCCUCCGAGAGGGAGGAGAUGUCCUCAAUGCUGGCCACGGAGGCUUCCCAGGUGGACCCCUGUGACGUGAUCGAGAUCAACACCAUCACUUCCCGAAAUGUCUCCACCAUCAAAACUGAAGACGACUUCUUCAGCUACGGCUCGCCCAAGCUCACAGCCCACAUCCAGGAGCGUGGUGUCACAGAGGAGAUCCGCAAGUAUGUGGAAGGAACUGGCAAGAGCUUAGAGUGUCUGCAGGACUUCCCGAGGGUGAAGCAGUUGUUCCUCAAGUACAACACCACUUUGCCGUCUACAGCGCCCAUCCAGAGGCUCUUCAGAGAGAAAGGCAACCUGGCCACCUCUCAAAGGAACUUUCUAACCGACGACUACUUUGAACGCAUUCAGCUGCUGAGAUACAACAUCAAUGUGUGCUCUGUGCUAAAUGGCUGAAUAUGUUUGCCUUGACUAUGUUAAAAACUAAUCCUAAUCACAACA